AUGGCUCUGCGGUUCCUCCAAGGUGCUGACUCUCCUUUCUCCAUUCAAUCUUCCAAUCCCCUACCCCCCUCUACAAUAGAGUUAUCCCCAUCCCCGCACUCGCUAGGUUCCUCACUGCGAUUUGCAAGUCUACAAGCUACCAGUUACUCCGCCACGGGCAUUGAGGAUAGCUUCGCAGCGCACCUGUGCCGUGCGGAGCUUAUUACUGGCUCCUCCUAUGUUCUCGGCCCUUUGCUCCUCGACGCUUCUAAGGAUUCGAUCUAGAUACUGGCACACAGGAGGUGGGGUACAAAGACGCCGACAUGGGCGUAGGUUGGUUGGUAUAUUUAUGUAGCCUCAGUACCGGAAAAAGAAGUCGAUAUUGGUGGAUUUGCGUUUAAUAUUUCCCUUACAAGAUUCUCACCCUGAUGCUAUGCUGGACAAAAGCAUAUAUAUGUAUGGUGCCGCUGCCAGUGUGGAAAACUUGUAACAUGUUCUGCGGUUUGAUUAGAGCUCUGUGUUUAGGUGGUUGAGCCCUGCUUGGCCGUUAUUAUCAUCUCCUGGCCUCCCUCUGGGCCUGCGUUCAAAAAUUCCAGAGUAUAGAUUUUUCCAGACAGCAGUGUCAUCGCUUCCUACCUACCCCCCGCCCAACCAGCUUCUGUUUAGGUUUUCUCUGUUUGUGCUUUGUGGCCCAUGAUUCCUAUGAGAGGGGGG